UCAGCGCCGUGGUUCUCCGAUGUUAUUCCCGGCCUCCCAGUGGGGCUAUUUGUUGCGACCCUAGACCUCGAGCACACGAACCUCAUCUCUUCAGCCAAUCGCUACUUGCCACCAAAGACCAAGCCAAACCCUACAAGCCGGAAUACAUCCAACCGUCACCAAAAGAUCAUCUCCUAG